GCCAGGAGCAGACCUGCUGGGUCCUGUGGCAAGUGUGUGCCAGAUUAGCCUACCAUGGCAGACCAGAGACAGCGCUCACUCUCUACCUCUGGGGAAUCACUCUACCAUGUUCUGGGGCUGGACAAGAAUGCAACCUCAGAUGACAUUAAAAAGUCCUAUCGAAAACUUGCCUUGAAAUACCACCCUGACAAGAACCCCGAUAACCCGGAGGCGGCAGACAAGUUCAAGGAGAUCAACAACGCCCACGCCAUCCUGACGGACGCCACAAAAAGAAACAUCUACGACAAGUACGGGUCGCUGGGACUCUACGUGGCCGAGCAGUUUGGAGAGGAGAACGUGAACACCUACUUUGUGCUCUCCAGCUGGUGGGCCAAGGCGCUGUUUGUCGUGUGCGGCCUCCUCACCUGCUGCUACUGCUGCUGCUGCCUCUGCUGCUGCUUCAACUGCUGCUGCGGGAGGUGCAAGCCCAGGGCGCCCGCGGGCGAGGACGCCGGCUUCUACGUGUCCCCCGAGGACCUGGAGGCACAGCUGCAGUCGGACGAGCGGGAGGCCGCAGACACGCCGAUUGUCAUACAGCCAGCGUCCGCCACAGAGACCACCCAGCUCACGGCCGACUCCCACCCCAGCUACCACACCGACGGGUUCAACUAAGUUCCGGAGCCGCUGUGAUAGAGGAUAGCCCAGCACCCGGCCACUUCACCCUUAGAAUCAUGAACUGUAGCCGCAGAGAUGGGGAGGGGGCUGCCCUGGCCACGGAGGAGGAGCAGCCGCCAGCCCGCCGGGGCCCUUCCCACCUCUGUGCCCGCCCGCCCGUCACCCCCCAACACGUGAAGUGCGUCGCAUGCAGUAUUUAAAGCAGUGUAGCUACGGUCCUCUUCUGUUCUCUCCUUUUUUAAUAGCAUGUCUGGGGCCACGUUCCGUGUGUGUCUGUGUUGUGGGCGUGCCGCGGUGUGGCCGCGUGAACCAGACGCCGAAGCAGUCUCGGGGCUCACGAGUGGCCGCACCGGCCGUGGCUGCUGCGUAGGGUCUCCCAGCCGGGCAGGCUGGGGCCGGAAGGGUGGCUCCUUCCCCUGUGUUGGUGGCGGCCAGAGGCGGGUUCUGGCCGGCGGCAGCUGUGAGGUCCAGUCCCUGUCCUGUGCUCGCCAGCCGUGUGGUCACAGCCAGAGCCUCUGGACGCGUUCGUUGCCUGGGAGGAGCUGGGCACGUCCUCCCUCCGCCCAGCGCUGGUGGCCUUUUCGUGCUGUGGGUUUGUGCAGGGCCGUCUGCCUCGGUGGCUUGGCCUCGUGGCUGGGUUUUCCUUCGGGUGAGUUUGUCGUGGAACGUGUCGCGGGCUCUGCCGACCCCAAGAUCGCGUUUUCUGCCCGGAUGCGGCCCGGGUCUCCGUGGCACGCGGGCCCUGGCCAGGCUGCGGGACGUGGUUCUUCUGCACUCCCACUGUUGUGCCCUGGCCACAUUCCAGCCACCUGCCCUCCCCUCGGGUCACCCUCCACAUUCCUUCAGGCCCGCCCGGGCCUCCUGGUGGGCCUUUCUGGACCUGGAAGGACCACAGGUGGUGGUGGCGAGCCAGUUUGUCGUCAGAGGGGCUGACCGUCCAGGCCCAGGUCGCUGGCGGAGCAGGGCCGAGCGGCUCUGGGAAGCGCAGUGGUGAGCACAGCCCUCUUCUCUGCGCUUCCCAGAGCUCCUACCCUCCUUCCUUCGCCCGUUCCCUUCGGCCGCCGUUGAUGGUUCAGGCGGCGCUAGAGACAUCAGGUUCCCAGAGGAGGCAGCACCUGGACCGAAGGUGCACCUGGUGCCCUUGGCUGGUGAGCCAGCAGCCGGACUGUGGGAUCCUCCUCUCACCGCUGUGUUGAGCAGCACCUUUCGUGGAGCUGGAAGUCAGUCUUGUCUGUGCCCCAGAACUCGUGGGUGACGCCCCUGCCGCGGGGACUGAGGAGACGUGGGUUAUGAUGUGCCCGUGCCGGCCCAGAGUUGAGAGUUGCCCCACACCCCCAGCGGCACCAGAUGUGCUGUGGCUCCCGGCUGGGCCUGCGCUGGCCGGUGGAGACCCACGGGGCCCAUGUGGGCUUGGCUGCUGCAGAAUGCGUCCUGGAUUUGCAGAUGAAGGACAAGGACGACGCCGCCUCAGACGUACCAGGUCGUGCUCCUGACGCCUGCGGCCUCUACCCCCUCCCGCCCGCCCGCGGAGCCCUCGCUUGUCUGCCACCCAGGGCCUUGAGGAGAGCAGGUUCUUGUUGUUGGCCAGGAAGUGGCUGGAGGGAUAGCGGUGUGAGGACAGAAUGCGGACGCGCUCGGAGAGCAGCCGUGUGAGGGCGGAGCCAGUACCAGGCCCCUGGGCAGGUGUUUGAUCCCAUUUUGUUGUUUUUUGUCCAUUAAAAUGAUUGUGAAGACGUCCAACGAGA